AUAAACAAUAACACGGGUACAGGGGUUGGGGAAGGUGCCUCAGUCACUGCUGGGCACUACAACCAUCUGACUCUGUCUCCAUGACCCACCUUCUAAACUCAGUCAAAAUGGCAUCAAGACGUGUAUUUGUGGUUGGCGUUGGCAUGACAAAGUUUGAGAAGCCUGGUCGACGAGAAGACUUUGGUUACCCGGCCAUGGCAAAAGAAGCCGUUGAGAAGGCCCUCAAAGAUGCCAAAGUCACUUACAACCAGAUAGAACAUGCAUGUGUUGGAUAUGUCUACGGAGAUUCCACCUGUGGCCAGCGAGCCUUAUAUGAAGUGGGCAUGACAGGUAUACCGGUGUACAACGUGAACAACAACUGUUCCACGGGGUCAACGGCACUCUUCAUGGCUCGUAAUAUUAUCAUGGGAGGACAGGCUGAGUGUGUGCUGGCUCUUGGCUUUGAGAAAAUGGAGCAUGGUUCUCUCACAAAUAAAUAUCAUGAUCGGGAAAAUCCAAUAGAGAAGCACGUAUAUGCCCUGGCGAAUGUGGCCGAAUUAGAUUCAGCUCCCAUGUCUGCACAGCUGUUUGGGAAUGCUGGCCUUGAGCACAUGAAGAAAUAUGGCACUUCACAGUUACACCUGGCCAAGAUAGCUCACAAGAACCAUCUACAUUCCACCAAUAACCCAUACUCACAGUUCCAAGAUGAAUACACCAUCGAGCAGAUUUUGAAUUCACCUAAAGUGUCGGGGCCGCUGACCAAGCUACAGUGUUGUCCCACAUCUGACGGUUCUGGAGCAGCUGUGUUGGCUUCUGAGGAGUUUGUAAUUGCUCAUAACCUACAAGAUCAGGCAGUAGAAAUCCUUGCAAUGGAGAUGACAACAGAUUUACCUUCCACUUUUGAGGAGGAGAGUCCUAUGAAGAUUGUAGGAUAUGAUAUGACAAAGUUGGCAACCCAGAGAGUGUUCAAGAAGACUGGCUACGCUCCUGCUGAUGUUGAUGUGGUGGAGCUUCAUGAUUGCUUCUCAGCCAAUGAACUUAUUACUUAUGAAGCUCUUGGUCUGUGUGGGGAGGGAGAAGCUGGUGAGUUCAUUGAUUCGGGUAACAAUACUUAUGGUGGGAAACACGUCGUCAACCCCUCUGGUGGACUCAUCUCCAAGGGUCAUCCUCUUGGUGCUACAG